AUGAGAGACCCUUGGCUAAAGUUGGAGAUGGAAGGCGUGCCCCAGACCAGCGUGAAAGCAUGCAGAAUACUCGUAUGUGGCCGCACAGGAGUUGGCAAAUCCACUCUCAUAAACAAGGUCUUUGGCGUUCCCAUGACUAUCGAAUCGCACAUGAAACAAGGCGAUCACGAUAUCAACGAAGCCUUCGAAUCGGAUACGCACCCUGGAAUCAUCAUCCAUGACUCUCGGGGCUUCCAGGCUGGGGAUGCUAAAGAGGUGGGGCAGUUUGAGAGAUUCAUCAAGAAGCGUUCGGUGAUCGACGAUCCUAAAGAGAGCGCAGGAGCAGUCUUUGUGUCCACCGUCUCAACGCCAACAAUCUCCAGGAUGCUAUGCGAUAACAUUUUGAGAUGCUUUGGCUUCCCGAAGAUCGAUCCGGCAAGCGUCAACAACAUCAUGAACAAGAUUAUCGGGUGGAACCUCAAGCGUUUCCUCACACAGCAGGUCGGUCAUUGGGGACUUGCGAGCGGCAGCAUGGCUGUGGUUAUCGUUACUGCAGGCGCAGGCACCCCACUACUCGCGGGCUUGUCGCUGCUGGAGGCCUCUUCAGCCGCACGCAUAAUUGUCAAGUGCACCUGCGAUCUGAUUCUCAUCCUCGACCGAGCAUUCAAACACGGCGGCAAGUUCGUCACAGGCUCCGACAUCGAGCUGGCCCGUCGCGAAUACGUGACCACCCAAGCACAAGGAAGCUGGUCCAAACGAAAACAAGUACAUGCCCAGGUUGUAAGAUUGAUCCCCGUCAUCUCCAAGAAGUUCUGGAAUGCUGUGCGCAUCUCGAAUAUCAAGGUUGGCAUGGAGGAAAUUAUUCAGAACAACCGCUGGAGUCCGAGUGCAAUGAUUGGUCGCACAGACUCGGUGCAGGGCUCUUUGGUGACCAAGUUGAGUGCGGAGUCUUUGAGGGAUGAGGAGGAGAUGACGAACUUAUUCGAACUUGCCAAGGUGUAA